AUGGCCCAGCCCAUUCCAAAAUCAAAGGCUCUGACCAUCGCUCAGUCGUUCAACGAGCCUCUGCCCACUUUGCCCCAGGCUCUAGUGGCCCCAAACGUGCAUCGCUUAACCACCGAAAGCUGCAUGCCGUCACUCGAGCGGACCUUCUGGAUAAGCUGCGAGGCUGACGUCGUGCGUGUCGCAGCGCUGUACUUUCUCCACCCGGUAAACCUGGCGCUGACGGCGAGGUACCCGGACGUGUUGAUCCACUGUCUCUCCGAGUCCGGUUCGGCUGGUGCCCGCGCCCGCCCGGACAUUGUGUUCAAGAAGAACGGCCGGACCUUCGCUGUGCUCGAGUACAAGGUCGUGGGCGUGGUCGUCAAGAGCGAGUUCACGCCCGCACGGCUGCCCAUGACGGCGUCGCCAGAUGAGGUCGAGAAGAAGCGGGCGCGGUCGGCUAUCAAGAUAGUCAAGCAGAUGACGGCUUACUCGGAGGACUCCGAUUUCAACACCAAGUACAUCGCCCUGCUCAACUGGGACUUCCUCUUCUUGGCGGUCUUCAACCGCGACGCCGACGCCAUGCACGGAGGCCUCGUCUCCCGUACCGGCUCUGAGGGAAACCAGCUUCGGAAAGCCUUCCUCGGGUGGCUCCUCGAGCCUUAUGCCAAUGACGGGCAGAGCAAGCUCGAUCCUCCAGCUCGUCGCGGUAGUGCCAGUGGUAGCGGUACCGGUAAGGACGGUGGCAGCGGUAGGGGCGGUGGUGGUAGUGGCGGGCCGGGAACGCCAGGCAAACCGACCGAUUCGCGGAGGCCCCCUCCAGGCCAGACACCUAUCGCUUAUCGGACGAGACAGAAUAUCCAACCGAAAGAUGAACGCAAGAAGUGAGCUAGGAAGACAAGUCCAAGGUACCGGAGAAUCUUAUGUAUUUCGCAGUAGUUAGAUAUCUAUCUGUUAAUCAAGAGUUCGAUGCUUGCUUCUUUGACCCCUUUUCCGGUGUGUUGGGGGGUUGGGGCAAAAGUCGGGUGUUCAUUUGUAUGUACGUACAUACCGACAUGGUGUCAGUGUCUGUUGGUUGAAACAGCAAAUAGCUCCUGCCGUUACUGCCGAUGGCUCUUGCCGUUGCUGUUGAUAGCUCCUGCCGUUGCUGUCAAU